UUGCAAAGGAUACCUCUCAAGGAGCCAAGGUGUUGGGUGAUGUAAGUAUACAAUCUUGUACCUCCAAGUAACGUAUGAGUUGUUUAUGAUCUGAGUUCCAUACCAAAAAUCAAAUCACCCAGCCAGUGCCGGAGGUAGGCGGACAAAGGGUGGGGUAGUUGCCCAUAAUGGUUUUUAAAAUUUCAAUGUAUUUUUUCAAAAUUUUGACAAAUGCCUCUUUUGACAUUGUUGAUAUUAUAUGUAUGUUCCAGAUCAAAGUAACUUCUAAAUCCGCCACUGCACCUCCAAAGAACAGUCAAAUUGUGUUAUACUCAGUGGCGGACCCAUGAGUGAUUUUGUAUGGUGUCAAAAACAAAAACAAAAUGUCUUUUCUGGGUAUCGAACACGGGUUGUGUGGGAUCAAGCACCUUAUUUUACCAACUUUGCUAAAUGUUUUUUAAUGUUUUCCUAUACAAAACAGAUUUUUAUCUUGUUUUUUGUGGUGUCAGGUGACCCUACACCUUUUCAAGUGGGUCCGCUCCUGGUUAUACUAGUAAAAAACACAAUUCUGAUUUGAUGAUGAGGUUGAAAUAUUUAGUUUUGCAUUUGGGGCCAUGUCUAAGAGCCCAUUCCGUUUUUUUAAUAAACUUUUCCUAAGUAUAGUUAAGGGAAUAUAUGGGCUCUUAAUAUUUACUUUAGGGAAGCAAUAAUAUUGCUACGAAGAUGGGCCGGUGGGCUUUGCCACGUCGACCAAAUGGGAUUAGGUUCUACCAUGCCAACACGUGGGGAGAUAUUAUUGGUUAACUGAAAAAGAAGGUCGCUUUUUAAAUUGGAAGGAAAAAAUAGUCUUGAGAAAAGAGAUUAUCUUCCUAAUUUGCAAAGUUGGAUUUGAAUGACAAAAUACAUAUAUAGAAGUAUAUAUCGGCUAUAUGUGGAAUAUAAUCUAUCAUAUCUUAGAAAUGACAUUUACAAAGGGAGAAAUCUCAAUAUGAGUACAAAAAUGCAGUGUAAAGUAUAUAAAAAUAAAAUAUCACACAUAUUAUUGAAAAUAGAAGAUUUUAUAUUUUUCCAAAUUUUGUUAAAUAUGUAUGUUGACUAAGUGGACUCUAAAAUAACAUUACCAUAUAGAGACAAAAAAAUUCAGUUUAAAUUGCUCGCAUGGCUUCCAGUUUUGGAUGGUCCGAAAGGAAGAUUUUGUGUUGUCCGAUUUAUUCUCUGCCUUCUGGAUUAAGGUCAAUCAACCAUUUGCAAAAUGUCAUCUUGUUCUAACUCGACGUCAUCACUCACCGGUUCUACUUCGAGUGUACCAGACGGUUCAGGGAGAACGUUCACUCCUUUCUUUCCUCAGUUUGGGUCGAUGUCUCCUGUUUUAAACCCUGAUGGAACUCUCCAGGGCGUUUAUGAUGUUAAAGACCACAUUUUUUUUCCCACCUCGAAUGUUUCCCGCGCUGGACCGAGAAACUCAGUUUUUGGAGCUCCAAUUUUGGUAAAUGCCACCAGCUCUCGAGCACCACCACCACCGAGCUCUAUGGGGAAUACGGCUGGUGGAGUCUCAAUGAGCAGAGCUUUGGUCUUUGAUGGAGGAAGUAUACUGAGCUCUACGGGGAGUAUGGCUGGUGGAGGCUUAAUGAGCAGGGCUUUGAUCUCUGAUGGAGGAAGUAUAAUGAGCUCUAUAGGGAGUAUGGAUGGAAGUACUAAACAUAAUAGAUCAAUGAUGAUUGGGCUCCACGGAUCCCCACAGGUUUAUUCUAUGCCUGGAAGCUCUUAUCCUUCUGCUGCUGGAGAACAUUCCCAAACUCAUGUUCAAGCAAUGAACAGCCUAAGCUCUAUGAGCUUAAUGAACUCCAACUACAUGACAACUGAUUAUCAAAUGGAUUUGCAUCAGCAAGAACUAAUGAUGCAAUCUCAACAGUCAUCUAUGAGGAGGCAUGGUGGAUUUUACUUUGGUGAUGCGUCUAUGCCAACAUAUCCUCUACAACUACCAAGUGCUCAAGCUGUGAGCCGUAGUGGUGUUUUCUUCUCUCAGACUGGUGGACCUCCGACUAUUGGAUCAAGAUCUGUGAAUGCUGCAACGGGUUAUGACGACCAGCCCCUCCGGCACCAUCAGAACACGUCCCAGUUUGGCGGGGAGAAGCUACCAGCUAUUGGCCAACCCAUCAGAGACGUGGGAUCACAACCAACGCAAGCGGCGACGCAGUCCACUCCUGACCCUUUUAGCAUGCUAGGUUUGGUUAAUGUGAUUAACCAGACCAACCCUGACGUGACUACUUUGGCACUUGGGGUUGACUUGCAGGAAAUUGGGUUAGAUAUGACCUCAAAAGAAAAACUUUUCAAGACUUUCGCCUCGCCUUGGGCUAAUGAACCCCUUAAAGAGGAUCAUGAACACUUCGAUCUACCGCAGUGUUACAACGGAGUACAAGUACCACCUCCAAAUCAAGGGAUGUUUAGAAGGUUUGACAUGAACACAUUGUUUUACAUAUUUUAUAGCAUGCCGAAUGAUGAGGCGCAGCUAUACGCAGCUAAUGAACUUAACAACAGGUACUGGUUCUACCACAAAGAACACAAGUGUUGGUUCAAACGAACUGGGAUACCUCUCGUGCAAACAAAUGCUUAUGAAAGAGGAACAUAUGACUGUUUUGAUCCAGACAAAUUUGAGACCGUUCAAAAGGAAAAUUUUGUUAUUUAUUAUGAGAUGCUGGAAAGGAGGCCGUCUCUACCUCAACACCGAGUGUAAAUGACUGUUAUUAAGUAUCUAUGAUGUAAAGUUCCAUCUGUUAGGAAUGUUCAUAGAUCAAGAACCAGUUUCAGUAUGUAAACUUUUCCAAACUUUGCUUCUUGCUGUUGAUUAUUUGUAGCUGAAACUUCUUUAAGCUAUAUAUUGAAUAAAUGCAUAUCUAUUUCCCAUUAGCUUCUUUUGGUUCAUUUAUUAUCUAAUAGCUCUUUUGGUGAUCAUUUGCUGCUGAAUUUUUUUCAAAGUAUAGAUUAAAUGAAUGGAUAUCUCUUCCCCAUUAGCUUUUUGGUUCAUUUAUCAUUUAGUCACUUUGUUUUGGUGAUCAUAUGUAGCUGAAACUUCUUCAAGGUAUAGAUUAAAUGAAUGCAUAUCUCUUUCCCAUUAGCUUUUUGGCUCAUUUAUCAUCUAGUCACUUUUUUUGGUGAUCAUAUGUAGCUGAACCUUCUUCAAGCUAUAAUGAAUGCAUAUCUCUUCCCCCAUUAGUUUUUUGGUUCAUUUGAUCACGUAGUCACUUUUUGUUGGCCAUUUUAUGUAGCUGAAACUUCUUCAAGCUAUAUAUUGAAUGAAUGCAUAUCUAUUUUCCAUUAGCUUCUUUUGGUUCAUUUAUCAUCUAGUAACUUUUUGUUAGUGAUCAUUUGCUGCUGAAACUUCUUCAAGGUAUACAUAAAAAUAAUGCAUAUCUCUUCCCCAUUAACUUUUUAGUUCAUUUAUCUUCUAGUCGCUUAUUUUUGGUGAUCAUAUGUAGCUGUAACUUCUUCAAGCUAUAAUGAAUGCACAUUUCUUCCCCAUUAGCUUUUUGGUUCAUUAUAUCAUAGUUACUUUUUGUUGGUGAUCAUAUAUAUGUAGCUGAAACUUCUUCAAGCUAUAUAUUAAAUCUGUGUGUUCAUUAACGUUAUUCUCUUAUUUUCUGGUCUAAUCAUUAUUUGAUUUCUCUGGUUCAAAGCAUCUCAGGCAACUCUCAACGCCAACUGUUUCUCUUGGUUUAACAGUGUUAGAUAAGGUAUGUCAAGCUCUUGCCGUGUAUAUAAAUGCAAGAGUGGACUGAGUAUCGUCAAAGUCAGAUUGAGUACAUUUUCUUAUACUUGUUUUGGAGAACGUUACUGUUGAUGGAGGAUCUUCUAAUGUUUCUUGCAUUUGCGGCUUCAGUCUUGUGCUGUAUAAUCCAGUAGCACAUGGACCCUAAUGUCGUAAUCAUUAUGGUUGCUCCAAUAGAAGUCACACAAAUGGCUAGAGACUUUUCCUCUUCAGCAACAACAACAAACAGCAGAGCAAAAAAGGCAACAGAGAUGAGUUUGUUUAUCACAGCCAUCAUCUAUUUCUUGGCCUUUCUCUCUGUUACCACCACUGAUGUCUGAACCACCAGGUCCACCACAACUGCUAAGGAGAUAAAUAGUGCGAUCGAAUCAAAGACGUAGAAUCAAUGAUGCAAUAUUCAUUGAAGCUAUGUUGACACAUAAAGCAAUCAAGAACAUAUGUCUAUGUUAGGAUUUGGAUUUUUGAUGUGACAUUUAGAAUAUGAUUCAAAGCAAGAAAGUGCAUUAUUGUUGGCUCAUUUCUAGUGUGAUAGUUAAUUAUGUUUAUUUUUUGCAACAUUUUACAAUAAUGUUUUUACUCUACAUUACACAACAAAAUAAUAUGGAGAAAACCAUUAACAAGAGUACAAACUUAAGAUGCUAGCUCUUUGUGUGUGUUUUUUUUAUAGUGUACCAUCAUCUGCAAGAUCUUUUACAUCCGAGACUCGUUUUAUUUACAUCCCAUAUAUAACUUGUUUCCCAAAUAGAAAAAAACAAAACAAAGGAACUAGGUUUAAUAUUUUACAAAAUGCAUCUAAUUCUCCAUCAACUGAUGUUCUCCACACGACAUAUAUGUUUCAUAGCUUCAGUGAGAUAUUCUAAUCUGUAUUGAUGGCCGCAGAAAUGGCAUGAUAACCAAUUGACAGGGUUACAAUA